AAACGAGACAGGUCGGUCUAUUUUAUUUAUCGACGCUAUUUGACCUGACCUUCGAUAGUAUUAUCAAUAUGUUGCCAUCUGUAGUGCCCCCAAUUUCAGUUUUACAGGAAAGAAAAUUGAAACAGAAAUUAUGGCUUGAAAAGAUCAAGAAACUGGAAGAAAAGGAGAUCUGGUUGAAAGAACACCCUCUUAUACCAGAUUACAAACCAAGACUUACAGAGCCAUCACCAUUCUGGUUGGUGUUUUUCAGGCAGAAGCAAGCUUUUGAAUGCACAACUGCUCAUCCUCAGGAUGUGCACACCUUUGCUUUUGAGCCUGAAAACAUGAAGAAUUCGACUGGGAAGGGUCUUCGAAAGUAUCUUGUGACGAGCUACGCCCAGCUUUGGCACACCAUCAAAUCAUUGGCCCACAGUGAACGUUAUGGUUCAUUCUACGAGGUCAUCCCUGAAGCUGCAGCUUGUAAGCUUUAUUUUGAUCUUGAAUUUAGAAGAGAUUUGAACCCUGAUGCUGACGGGGAAGCUAUGGUUCAGAUACUGAUCAAGUUGGUAUGCUUUGAACUUCAACAAUUUUAUGGGAUCCAUUGCAGUGAAAGUCAUGUGAUCAACUUGGAUGCCAGUACAGGGUCAAAGUUCAGUCGUCACCUGAUCUUCAAUAUACCUGGUGCAAUCUUCAAAGACAACCUACAUACAGGAAAUUUUGUGCAAUACCUAUGCAGAAGAAUAAAAUCUUACUGUACUCAUCUAGAACAGUUUUCAAAUGGUUCACCAAACACAAGGGAAGAAGCUACUGGUCAUCUUAAAUGUAAUGAAAAUGGAUCUUCAUGUAGUGACAACCAAGAACCACCAUCAAAGAAAAUGAGAGGAGAGAUAUCAGAUGAUAAGAGCAGUAGCCAUGGUAACCAGAUGCUAGGCCAGGCAGCCAAUAAAGAACGUGAUAGAGAAGAAUUCACUGAGAAAGACAUGUUAAAGAAUCUUUACAUCAAUGUAAAUGAUGGAGGAAAAGAGUUGUUUAUUGAUACAGCUGUGUAUACACGCAACAGGAAUUUUCGCCUCUUCAAGUGCGUCAAGCUGGGAAAGUCAAACCCGCUCUUGGUUGCCAAGGACAACAGAUACCAGAUGAAGACGAAUUCCAAGAAGAAAUCUCCAAGACCAGGUGGAGAUGACUAUCAUUUCUUCUUGGAUUCAAUCAUUACACAUGUCAAGUUUGCACCACAUACCAAAGUAUUAACCUGUGAUGGUGCUGAAGGCUCAGGCAGAAGAUUCAAACGCAAGGUUAACUACGAUGGUAGCAAUGCAUCAAAGAGAGAAGAGCGUGCAGAGAAAGUUGAGGGGUACCAGUCAUCUCCCUUUCCUGAGAUUGAUUCCUAUAUCAGGAAAUACUGCAUCUCAAAAGGGGGCGUGGCAGGGGAGAUCAGGAGAUGGACCUAUUUCUCCGAGGCUCAGCUCUUGGUCUAUGACAUCAUCCAGAACAGGUGGUGUGAAAAUAUCGGCAGACAGCAUAGGAGCAAUAAUAUCAUGAUCCUGGUGGACUUGAGGCGAGGCAUAUACUACCAGAAGUGCCACGACCCAACCUGCCGAGCACAGAACUUCAAGUCAGAUGAACAUCCGAUACCACCAGAAUGCCUCCCAUCAUUCACUGAGUGGGAUGAGGAAGAAUUGAUCAAUGUUUCCAUUCAAGUAGAAGAAGAUGCAAGGUCCAACGAUAUGAAUCAGAGCACUUCUUUCUCUGACUUUGAUAGUUUCCUAGAUGAUGGUGCUGAUGAGGAGUUGAUGAAGCUUUGGGAGAGGUUGGAUCCGCCGGAAUCUGUUGAUAAUGGCUCAUCUUCAAAACAGUCAACGAACCGGGAAACAGGUUUUGACAAUGCCUUGGCUAAAGAUUCAGAGGAGCUGAUCAGGUUUGCAGACAGGUUAGAUAGUCAUAGGGCUUCAGUUGAAAAUUUAGGACCACAUAGAGAAGAUAUUGAGGUUAGGAAGACUUUGGGGAAGGGUGAUGAUGGUUGGGAGGAUGGUAUCACUGAUGAGGAACUGUUGAGGAGUCUUCAAGACUGAUCAAGAUUUUGAAGGAAGGAUCCUGAUGUUUAGGUGAACUGUAUCACUGUUGAGGAGUCUUCAAGACUGAUCAAGAUUUUGAGGGAAGGAUCCUGAUGUUUAGAACAGUAUCACUGUUGAGGAGUCUUCAAGACUGAUCAAGAUUUUGAGGGAAAGAUCCUGAUGUUUAGAAGAACAGUAUUACUGUUGAGGAGUCUUCAAGACUGAUCAAGAUUUUGAGGGAAGGAUCCUGAUGUUUAGGAGAUCGGUAUCACUGUUGAGGUCUCUUCAGGACUCAUCAAGAUUUUGAGGGAAGGAUCCUGGGGGCGCUUCAU